AUUGGGUGAGUCUACUGCGACGAACGGCCUCUGGGAUUGGCUAUCGAGGGAUUGUCCGCAGAAGGCGGCAUCAUCAAGUCAAAGACCGGAAUCUGGUGGCGGAGAAGAGACUCGAACGUGUGUGAGGAAGAUUCCUCUGAGACAGCGACGACUCCUUUUAUUUCUCAGUUUCACAAUGGAAGCAGCUCAUGAGGCUGAACUUCACCUGCACUGUGAAGAUCCAUGUAAGAAAUAUGAACCCAACAAAAAACUGACAGGAGCAAGUACAGAUAUUGAAAAACUUUAUCAAGCAGUGCCACAGCUUGGAAAUAUGUUCAAAAUUAAGGGGAAAAUUGGAGAAGGUACGUUUAGUUCUGUUUACUUGGCCAUAGCCCAGUUAAGAGGAGGCCGUGAAGAAAAAGUGGCUUUGAAACACCUAGUCCCUACCAGUCAUCCUUUACGAAUUGCUGCUGAACUUCAGUGUCUUAUAAUAGCUGGGGGACAGGAUAACGUCAUGGGAGUUAAAUAUUGCGUCAGAAAAAAUGAUCAUGUGGUUAUUGUUAUGCCUUAUCUGGAACAUGAAUCCUUUUUGGAUAUCUUGAACUCUCUCUCUUUUGAAGAAGUCAGAGGUUAUAUGUUCAACCUCAUUAAAGCACUGAGGCGCAUUCAUCAUUUUGGUAUUGUUCACCGGGACAUCAAGCCCAGUAACUUCCUAUAUAACAGACAACAGAAAGAAUAUGCCCUGGUUGAUUUCGGUCUGGCACAAGGAACUCCUGACACAAAAAUAGAUCUUCUCAAGAUUGCCCAGUCUGAAGCCCAGCAGGGAAGCUUUGCAUACAAGCCUCACCCAACUUUGGGAAAUCAGGUUUCUGUCAUUUCCACAGCACCUAGACAGCUAAUUCAUCAAUCAGCCUCAAAAACUGCUACUAAAAGGCCCUCAUCCUUUUCACAAACACAGGUUAAACAAGGACACAAAAGAAAGGAGGGGUCCGAGUGGCAUUCUGUUCAGCGAUCUGUCUUUGGGGAAAGAAAUUUCAAUGUCCGAAGUUCCACAUUUCAAGACAGCUCCACUGCUAAACUUGUAAAGCAUCCCAAGGUGACAGAUAUUGCAUCUAGAAAACUGUCAGUAAAGAAGAAAACUUCUGCUGUGAAUAACGGCUUACCCAAAAAAUCUGCCAGCACUUGUCCAGUUAAUUUGACCUGUGACUGUUAUGCAAAAGAUAGAGUCUGCAGUAUUUGUCUCUCAAGGCGUCAGCAAGUUGCACCAAGGGCAGGCACACCUGGAUUCAGAGCACCAGAGGUAUUAACCAAGUGCCCUACUCAAACUACAGCAAUUGACAUAUGGGCUGCAGGAAUCAUAUUCCUUUCUCUGCUGAGUGGCCGGUAUCCAUUUUAUAAAGCAAGUGAUGAUUUAACAGCUUUGGCACAGAUCAUGACUAUUCGUGGAUCCAAAGAAACUGUUCAGGCUGCUAAAACAUUUGGAAAAUCAAUAUUGUGCAGCAAAGAAAUCCCAGCACAGGAUUUAAGAAAGCUCUGUGAAAGGCUGAGAGGAAAAAGUAUUAACUCUGAUACUUCAACAGGUGAUAUACAGAUCAACCCUUCUUGGAAACAUACGUUACCCACUGAAAUAAGCAAUAGUUCAGAAUUUGUGUCUCAGACGCCUCAACAGUACAUCCAGUAUCAGAAGAAAAACUGCCGUGAAGGCGAUGGCAUGAAUGUUAGGACUUCAGAAAAAGCAGCUAAUCUGAAAGGAUGGGACAGUGUCCCUGAUGAGGCCUAUAAUCUUCUUGAUAGGCUGCUAGACCUAAAUCCUGCUACAAGAAUAACUGCAAAGGAUGCCUUGCUCCAUCCUUUUUUCAAAAAUAUGAAGCCAUGAAAAGGCACUUAACUCAUAAUUUUCCUUCACUUACUGCAUAGAAAAGUAGCACUAGAAGUAUGUACCUUUAAAUGAAAUCAUAGUCCCAACAGGGAACUUUGAUUUCAUUUAUAUGGCUUCAUAACAGCAUGUAUCUUGCUGUAAUUAUAAAGCUCAUCAAUUAUUAAACAUACUUCUGGUGGAAGACUGACAACAGACUGUUUAUUAUCACAUUUUUUCAGAAUAAUAUACUUAAUUGUUUCUGAUACUGUUGUGCCACUGAGAUAUAGAUACAAGCCUGUUUUCUGUGAUCUGGCUGUUGAACAUCUUAGAUGGUACUAUAACUCUUUGCACCCCAGAGCAAGGCAAAUGAGGUCAGAAUCAAUCUGCCUGGAAUUCUCUUGUCCCAUGUGUUUAUGACUCCUGGGAGUACAGCAGUUUCUGACAUUCAAAUAUGCCUUAAAUGGCUGGUCGGUAUCUGAUUGUGAUAGAGGAAAUUUUCAUUCUUUAGAAACUUGAAUGAAUGUACUUUAAUUGUUUGUACUUCCAAAUUUGCAGAUGUAACGUAUUAAUUAGCAUAAUAGAGAACUUGCACUGUUCACUGAAGGCAACUUGUGAAUAAGGAAUUUACAUUGUUUCUCUCCAUGUAAGAAACAGCUUUGAAGUUCUGGUGGCCCAAAGCAGUAUGCUUGGCAUACUCUCAUUGUGGAUGAUGUGGAACAACUGAAAAUCAUAGCUGCUCUAGUGCAUCAUAUUAACACCCAAAUGUAAACUUAUUUUUCCCACCAAAGUUCCCUUUUUCCUGUUAAUUUAACUAUUGAGGUAAUUUUCAUACCCAGGCACCCUGGUAGAAUAUGAAUAGCAACUGAAAUGGUCAAGAUUUAAGGUAUCCUGCAAAGGUUUCCACCUCUAUAAACAUUUGGUAUCUGUACAGUUGGCUUGCAUUAUACUAUAUAUAUAUAAUUUCUUAUGUAAAAAGAACCCUGUAUAUUUUGCCAGGGAUUAUCAACCACUUACUAAUUGAUUCUUUCCUAUAUGUAUGACUGAAUUAUGUCAGAAAUUUUGGUUUUACUAGAGUGGACAAAAUAAGGUUUUGUUUUUCUAAUAAAGAUGAAAUAUUAAAUCACAUCAAAA